AUGUCGAGCGUUGCUCGAAAGACGGACGUUUCUCAAACUUCAGAAAAUGCCAAGGGUUUUGAGAGGAGCCCAUGGAGCCCAUGGAGCCCGAGGCAGCCUUGCUUUCAUUUAGGCGCCCUGGCACGUUCCGACGUGAAAACCAAGGAUGAGAGCACAGAGCGAAGCGAUUCUGAGGAUCGGGAUCGGAACCUCUUCCUAGAGCUCGAUGAGGAUGUUCAAUGCGAAGAAUUGCCUGAAGCACUUUGCUGUUCACCGUUAUGCAAUUUGCCCUUCAGUUUCUUCAUCCUGGAUCCACGGCACCAGGAGCUACCUAUUGUCCUUGGGAGCCACAAGUUUGCCUGUGAGACCACGGACGAUUUGCUACUCACCAGCUUCGAUUCAUUGUUUUUGAAUGCGAAGUGUCCGACCACAAGCGCAAAAGAUCUUGCCGCAUUCUGGGAAGCAGGCCGGCAAGGUGAAUUUAUCGAAGAGUUGACAGGUGGCGCAUCCUUCGGCGAAGUCGUGGUGGAGGCGGACCUUCACAGUAGGUCUGGGGAACUCAUUCCUUGCACUCUUACUCUGAAGCAGGUAGAACUGGACGAUGUGCUGUUUGUAGCCGGAGUUUCUCAUCCCACAGUUCUUGGCGCUCAGAAGCAGAAUGACAUCAGCAUGGACGAAGCCAUCCAGGUUAUGGCCUCCGAGUUCUUCUUCUCCGCCCCGAUGCGUCGACAGAUCGCCGUGGAGCGCUGA